AUGUCUACGCGACCGACAACAGCACCGUCACGUUCGGCGUGGUUCGAGCGUAUAGAAGCGGCGCCGAAGACAGAUGUGGAUAUUGUUGCAAUCCCGCCUAUUGGCGCCCAUCACGAGAAGAUAUGGAUGCAGCGUAAAGAAGAGCCAUCAUGGCUUCGGGUUGAAGUCUUGAAGUUUAUGCCCCAGGCACGUGUGCUGCUGUACAACCAUGGCCCGGUGCACGACCAUGAUAAUCUUGAAACCCUAGGUGCGCGGCUCUUGAAAACACUUCUCAAUGAGCGCAAGAACGAGAGUAGUCGGCGGCCUCUCUUCUUCGUCUGUCAUAGUACAGGCGGCCUCGUGGCGAAGUCUUGUUUGGUUCAGGCGUCGCGGGCCGACCCGAACGAGGCCGUCUACACCAGCUGCUAUGGCAUCGCGUUUCUUGCAACGCCCCAUCAGGGUUCCAGUUACUUGUCGGCGGAAGAGUAUGGACCGAGUAUCACUCAGCUAUUUCAUCUUGAACAGGAGAUUCCUUGUUCUUUGAGAGACCAGCUUCGUCCGCGGCAGGAUAAGCUGCGGUAUUUAACAAAUCAGUUCAAAGCUAUCUCGUCCGAUAUGAGGGUCUGGUCUUUUCUGGAGACCGUUGACUCGGUCUUGACGGUGACAGACCCCGAGUUUGGGUCCCUAAUCGAGUUCCAUGCUCCUAUAACUUCGAUCAAAUCCGGGCUUCUGGAUAUCGAGCACGAGAACGAAGUCCCGAUGGCCACAGAUCAUGUGGGAACAGCAAGUUUCCAGGGGCAAGAAUCCUUUCGGAAUAAUUUCUUGCAAGAUCUCACGGCUUCUGCGCUGAAAGCUGUCGAGUUGUCGGAGCGUACGGACACGUAUCUGAAUGUUGACCAGGAGGUGAUAAUCCAAAUCAAUGGUUUUUUCGAGGAUACGGCCCUAGGUGUCAGCGACGAGAGCCCUUUGAAAUUAUGGUCCACCCGAGUAACCCUGGAUAAGUAUCUUGGUAGCGGACCUAAAGCAUGUCUCAAAGAACGUCUGAAGCGCCAUCAACAUCACGAUUUCGAUUACGAGAAGGAUCCCAGGCUAUCCAGGCCUUCCUUGCGGGAGAACCCCAACUUCACAGUGAAUGGUCCACACUCGCCACAAAUCCAUGUCACUGAAGCUGCUAGGGACGACUAUUUUGCUCGACCAUCAAGCGAGAGCCCUCCACCACCUGUGGAAAGGAGACGCAAGAAGUCCAUUGCGAAGGUCUUGGGACUGGCAUCGCGUUCGCAUAAACGUAACGCUUCCGAUACCGGCUCAGAGGGUAGUUCACGUCCUCCAUCGGAUAGUCUAUCUCCUCCGAGACUCUCUGGCUUCUUGUCAAUUCCAGCCUCUACGAGAGAUCGAAUUAACCAAUUUGCCGAGGCGCCCGAUGUUCCUCGACCAGCGCCUCGGUUUGAUCAUCCAGAGCCUGGGACAGAGAAAUUACUGUGGAUCCAUGUUCCCUACACCCAUACUGCAUGGGUUUCACAGGUUCUUCGGCGAGCAUGCUAUGAUCGCCACGAUACAGACUUCAUGGCCAAGUUUAUCAACCAGGAACAUUGGUACGGGAAUCUCAUUCGAGCUCGACAUUUGGAACCGCAUGCUCGCUAUGUUCGCCCGCAGUGUAUUCACUCCCGUCAGCUGGAUAUUUCGCAAGGGACACAUGAGGUAAUGCCAGAGGAUCCUCGCAUGGCUCUUUAUGUUCCAUAUUUACAUUGGGAUACAUACCGCAAUGUCAUUCAGCGACGCAAAGUCGUCGAAGAUCGACUUCGGCAAGGCCGAUCUAGACCGGUGCCCAACCGGAUCGCCAAGUCCAGCCUUGAAGCUCAACUCAUCUGGGAGUAUCUAGGUAGCGAGCCUCCUAUUCAUUUCAGACGUACGCUGGACCAAUUUGGUUAUCCCAACUUGCGAUCAACUGUUGCGCGUGACGAUGACCAGAUGCUCUGGAAGCGGACCCGCAGACCAGCUCGGCUAGACGACCAAUUGCGAGAGUACCUGGAAGCCGCCAACGAUGAUCCAGACGGAGAAGAAGAGCCCACUGAGUUCAUGGAUGGCAAUGUUCUCAUGGUGGACCAGCUCUGGCUAUGGAUUGUGGACCAGAAGACCGUUGUGACCUUCUUCCCCAACCAAGAGGCCACUACGUCCGAAGGUAAACUGUUUGAGCAGUCAAAUCUGUUUAGUAGUGUCUAUAAUGAGCUGAAUGGUGACUUGGCUCGCCGCUUUGAAACAGCGGGUGAUCUUGCGGCGCUCAUCAUGUUGCAUGCGGUUUCGGUUCUUCUCGACAAGACUCUUCACCAUGAUCUGCAGGUUCUCCGGAUCUUCGAAGAAUCUAUCAGUAUCCUAACUGAAUAUGUGACCAAGUCAUUCAAGCGUUUCCGCAAUCGCGGAUUCGCCAAUAGUCCAACCGAUGUCGACAGGACCCUCGACGGGAAAUUAAUGACCGCAGCUCAGCGCGAGCAGCGUGAACGGCACGUCGCAAGAAUGAACCGUGAUGACCUGUCUGUCAUGCUGGAAUUGCGAGACAUUGAGGAUGAAAUAUCAACCAUUAUGAAGCUUCUUGAGCAACAGGACGCUGUCCUCAAAAGUAUGAUGAAGCACUUCGUUGAACAGGGCUUCGGGAAGGUAUUCCUGGAUUCGGCCCAGCUCAGGAUUGAUGAAUAUCGUAAUCAGCUCAGUGAUAUGAAAGAGAACAGCCACGUCGCCCAGAAGGCCGUGGAAACUCUUCUUGAUCUGAAGCAAAAACAAGCAAAUGUUGACGAGGCCAAGAUGGCCAGAUGGGAAGCAGAGGAGACACAAAACCAAGGUCGAUCUUUGAUGGUGUUCACCAUUUUCACUGUUAUAUUCUUGCCACUGUCAUUUUUCACAUCCCUCUUUGGAAUUAACGCUCGAGAGUGGAGCGGGGAGCCCACAAACCCAACUUUGGGCACUAUGUUUGAGAUUGCCGCUCCGUCCUCAUUUGCAAUCAUUGCGGUUGCUCUCCUACUUGCCUUCAGCGAGACAUUGCGUGAAGGAGUGCUCAAAUCACAAAAGAUUGGGUCUGGUCUCCUGAAAGAAUUUUGCCUUGAUCCAAUUGGACGCAGUUUGAAGCUGAAAUCCGUCAAGGAUCGGAUUCCGUCGUCGGUGGUCCCUGAGGACUCGAAAAUGCGUGAGCGGUUCGACAGGUAUUUGGGAUACCAGAGUCAUCGUGAGAGAUUUGAGGAGGAUUUCUGGAAGCGGCGAGAUUGGAAACAAAGCCCUGCCAUGGAUAUCGGACAUCAUAAACAACUUGGUCCCAAGCUAGACAGUGAGGAAUUGCUGGUGAAAUUGCAGAAGAGCGAAUACGUUGUUUAA